UCCGCCCGGGCCUCGCCGCCGCCCCCGCGAGGAGCACUGCGGUGUCUUCUUGCUCCAAGGAAAUCAGAUCCGAAAUUAGAACCGGGGAAUCCCUUAGCCUUCACCGUCCUACAGCCAGCUCAUAUGUCUUAGAUCGGAUGAACUAUAACAUUAAAAAGACAGGUUAUCUUACAACUCGGUUCGUUGUAACUAGGAUGACAGAUUACAUUUUAACUUGCAGGGUAUAUAACCUUGGGUUACCGAAGGCAGCCAACGACGAGGCUGCCACCCUCGGUCGAGUUGCCAUUGCUGAGGGGCGAGGCUUUAAGGAUGGGGGUCAAUUCCUAAUUCUUAACAAGUGCUAUUGUUCAGUUCUAGGUCCUUCCUUGACAAAGACCCAUCGUCGAGUGCAGCCCUAGUGCAGUUUGUCGUUCAUGCCAGUAUUUUAUAAGCGACAUUUUCAAACUAUGUGAAGAUCCAUUUUAAGAACAUUUAUUCCUCUGUGAUGGAGAAGUAUGAAAAAAUUGGGAAAAUUGGUGAAGGAUCCUAUGGAGUUGUUUUCAAAUGCAGAAACCGGGACACGGGUCAGAUUGUGGCCAUCAAGAGGUUCCUGGAAUCGGAAGAUGACCCUGUCAUAAAGAAAAUCGCCCUCAGAGAAAUCCGCAUGCUCAAGCAACUCAAGCAUCCCAACCUCGUCAACCUUAUUGAAGUCUUCCGGAGGAAGCGGAAGCUCCACCUGGUGUUCGAGUACUGCGACCACACGGUUCUCCACGAGUUGGACAGAUACCAGAGGGGUGUAUUAUAGUUGCUCUUUAAUAAUUUGUUUUGGUUUGAUUUUUGUGACUAGUGCAUACAUAGAGAUGUGAAGCCAGAAAAUAUCCUUAUCACAAAACACUCAGUGAUUAAGCUUUGUGACUUUGGAUUCGCUCGGCUUCUGACUGGACCGAGUGACUACUACACGGACUACGUGGCUACCAGGUGGUACCGCUCCCCGGAGCUGUUGGUGGGGGACAUGCAGUACGGCCCCCCAGUAGAUGUCUGGGCAAUUGGCUGUGUCUUUGCUGAGCUGCUGUCAGGGAUGCCUCUGUGGCCAGGAAAAUCAGAUGUGGAUCAGCUCUAUCUGAUCAGGAAAACCUUGGGAAAUCUCAUUCCUAGGCACCAGCAAGUAUUCAGCACAAAUCAGUACUUCAGUGGGGUGAAAAUUCCAGACCCCGAAGAUAUGGAACCACUUGAAUUAAAAUUUCCAAACAUCUCCUAUCCUGCCCUGGGACUCUUAAAGGGCUGUCUUCACAUGAAUCCUGCUGAGAGACUGACGUGUGAACAGCUGCUACAGCAUCCAUACUUUGACAGCAUCAGAGAAAUAGGGGACUUGGCAAAAGAUCAUGGCAAACCAACAAGGAAGACCCUAAGACAGAACCGAAAGCACCUGCCUGGGUUGCAGUACCUACCUCAGCUGACGAGCUGCAGUAUCCUUCCAGCUUUGGAUAAUAAGAAGUACUGCUAUAAUACCAAGAAACUUAACUACCGUUUUCCAAAUAUUUAAGGAGCUUGAGAUUGAUGAUAAAAAGACUUGAUCAAUAAUUCAAAGAAAAUAAAACAUAUUAUACAUUCGAUUGAAAACGAUUACAAUGUUGAGAAAACAAAACCAGCUGGAGGAGGCCACUUGGCAAGCUAUGAAGGGAAAUUCCAGAGGCAGUCUUCAUGCUUGAUGAUGGUGUCCAGAACAGAAAGGAAACCUGUUUGGAUUUUCACUUGUUUUUGUUGUAUCUAAGUAGCCAAGUUUAUGGACAGAUGUAUAACCAGUAUCUACUGCCCAGACCUUGGACAAAAUUAGAGAUGUAAAAAAGAUUUAUGCUUUAAUUGUACCAUAUGCAACACAUGAAAACUGGAUUACAAAACGCCCAUAUAUAUAUUGGGCUGUUGGAAGUCAUGACGCAUUUUUGCAAUGAAAAACAGAAAAAAUACGUCUUGACUUUUCCGACAACCUGGUAUUUCCUUGGACCUCUGUUGCCUUGAGCACUGUGUUCUGCUUUUUCAGAGUGUCUCAGCAUCAUGAGAGUGUUAGCAUUUGAAAUCAUUUAAAACUCCAUUUCCUGCUUGAUCUUGAUUUUUAUAUUUUAAAACAUUUUGUGGACUAUUUAAGAGUUCAAAAUAUUUAAUAUCAUAUGGAUUAUCACAAAAAUACUAACUUAUAUGCUUAUAUAUUUGUUUAUAGACAUUUCUUAUGUAUAAUUUUGCCUUUACCUUCAGUAAAGGAUGCAUCUUAGUCUUUUUUGCAGGCAAGAUGGAUUUACUGUAAUCCAUCUACUCUUGUUCACCCACCUCCCCUUGCAGACAAUGGCAUGAAGACUGGCAGCUGACCAAAGUGAUCAAGGGGUAGAACAAAACCUAGAGGCUUGGCAGGAACUGAGCCUGCCAUCCUGAAAAUAAUUAGCACUUCAUUCUCUUCAGCUCUGCCUCAGACUUGGAGACAGAGCUACAAGCAGGACCAUAGCGAUCUGGGUUUUGGAAGAAAUAGCUUGUGAGCUUUUCCUUGGGUCAUGAAAGACAUUAAGUUAUAAACUGUUUUCCUUGAAAUAUCUUCUUACACUAUAUGUAUUAUAUAUAUGUAUAUAUACACACACGUGUACAUAUAUAUAUAUAAUAUAUAUAUGCUAACAAUAAAAACAUAGUCCAAAAUGAUAGAGGAUUCCUAGCUUUGCACAGUGAUACUUAAAAUGAUGACACAUAAUUAGCUAUGAUUUGGCCUAUUGCUCCUAUUAAAAAAGCUUUUUCAUUCUUGUCAUGUGGACAAGUGGGCAAUAUAAAAUUCAUGUCUGUCUACUCAAAGCCAUUUUUGGUUGAUGUGCUGCUGUUGUUUUCUAGCAGGUCUCAGCUACAGUUUUGGAAGUUAUAUUUCACUGUAUCGUCACAUUUCUUCUGCACCGUCAGUUUACUGCUAUGUUAAUUUUCUUCUUGAGAGCAUUUGCUCUUAUUCACUUACAGCUAAGUAAUCCACCAAAUUCUGGCAGGUGUUCAAUAAUUUGGGCUACCCCAGCCAGAUUAAUGAUAUCCUAAGGCUUCCUGAUAUAUGUAGCUUCUUGCAUGCAGGUGGGCUAAAUACUACCCCCCCCCAGUAUUAUCUAAUUCUUGUUAUGCAGCCUUGAUUCAAAUGACAAGGAAGGACACCCAACUUCUGUGAGUAGUUUACAUUUUGUGUUUUUUUCCAUAACCCGAAACAAUGUAUAAUUGAUGAGGCAGAUGACUGUAACUGCCUAAUUCAUCUAACAGUUUUACAGAAAACCAUGAAGAAUAGAAAAUUAGCUCCAGACUAAAUUGUGGUGAAUCACUUGCCUCACUACACAAUAAUCAGACAAACUUGAGACAGAAGUGCUUAUCUUUUCCUAAUGAGUCCUAAAAUAUUAAAUAUAUGCUUAUGUUUAACUUAUCCAUAUCUGCAAUCCUUUCUUCAGCAUGGAAUCACCACUGUUUCUAUAUUCUUUUUUUAAUUUAAUAUUUUCUGAUUUUUUAAAAUGACAGUGUCAAUUAUAUUAGUAAAUAGUGUAUCAUUUAUGAUAUGUGCUAUUUACAUAAGCUGUUUUCUAAACACAAUUAAAAUUCAUUUUUCUACCUAAUGUUGCAUCACAGAAUAUAUUUAUUUUAAAAUUAUUUCCAGUCAAGGUUAUAUUCAGCAGCUUAAUGUUCAAACCAAACAUACACAGAAAUCCACAAACAAGUUGGCAUGUAACUAAUAACAAUAGAAUCAGGCCAUUUCAAGUAGGUAAAAAUAAAGAUCUGUUUUUAUCUAUUAAUGAUAUUCUUUUUAAGAUUUUAUUGGGGAAUUGGGGAAGGGGAACAGACAAGUUGCUGUCCUUUGGUUCUUCAGUUUAGUU